GGCGGAGCCAGAGGCGGAGGUAGGAGAUGAGGGUGGUCCCGAAGCUUGGGAAACCGAAGCCCCGGGAACUACCCCACUCCACCCCGCGCCUCCCGGGAGAAGGGAGGUUGGUGGAAAGUGUGCGCAGAGUUCUGCCAAGCCCCACAGGAGGAGGCAAGCUUGGAGCCCGCCCUGGAGCUGCUGCAAACUUGAGGACGCCCAAACGCCCAUGGCCUGGGGAGUCACCGGGGAGGGCGGGUGUGGAGGCGGUGCCGCUGCGGGCAACCACAGACACCUCAGGCCUGGCGAGCAGUGUGCGCAAUACCACGGUGCGUGCAGCCGUCCCCAUGCGCGCCCGGAGGGCGCUCGGCGCCCGUGCGUUCCAGUGCAGCCCACCGGGCCCGCCCUGGCCCCGGACCCCUGCCCUAGCACUGUCCUCUUCGGGCCCUGAAUCCCUGGUCCACUUCUCCUUCAACGACGAGGACAUCUGUUGGCACCCUCCAGGCAGAUCUGUCAGCUUCGAGGCAGAGAAUGGGCCCACACCAUCGCCCGGCCGCAGCCCCCUGGACUCGCAGGCGAGCCCGGGCCUUGUGCUGCAUGCUGGGGUGGCCACCAGCCAGCGCCGUGAGUCCUUCCUCUACCGCUCAGACAGCGACUAUGACAUGUCACCCAAGACCAUGUCCCGGAACUCGUCAGUCACCAGCGAGGCGUAUGCCGAGGACCUCAUCGUGACACCAUUUGCCCAGGUGCUGGCCAGUCUCCGGAGUGUUCGCAGCAACUUCUCCCUCCUGACCAAUGUGCCCAUUCCCAGCAACAAGCGAUCCCCACUGAGUGGCCCAACCCCGGUCUGCAAGGCCACGCUGUCAGAAGAGACGUGUCAGCAGUUGGCCCGGGAGACGUUAGAAGAGUUGGACUGGUGUCUGGAGCAGCUAGAGACCAUGCAGACCUACCGCUCCGUUAGUGAGAUGGCGUCUCACAAGUUCAAGAGGAUGCUAAACCGUGAACUCACACACCUGUCAGAGAUGAGCAGGUCAGGAAACCAGGUCUCUGAGUACAUCUCCACCACGUUCCUGGACAAGCAGAAUGAAGUAGAGAUCCCAUCACCCACAAUGAAGGAUGGAGAAAAACAGCAAGCACCUCGCCAGAGACUCUCCCAGCAGCCUCCGCCCCAUGGGUCACAGUUCCAGCCCAUGUCUCAGAUCAUGGGGGUGAAGAAGCUGAUGCAUAGUAGCAGCCUGACUGAUUCCAACGUACCCCGCUUUGGGGUGAAGACAGAUCAAGAGGAGCUCCUGGCCCAAGAACUGGAGAACCUGAACAAGUGGGGCCUGAACAUCUUUCAUGUGUCGGACUAUGCCGGGGGCCGUUCCCUCAGCUGCAUCAUGUACACGAUAUUCCAGGAACGAGACCUGCUGAAGAAGUUUCACAUCCCAGUGGAUACAAUGGUGACAUACAUGCUGACCCUGGAGGACCACUACCACCAGGAUGUGGCCUACCACAACAGCCUGCACGCUGCCGAUGUGCUGCAGUCCACCCAUGUGCUGCUGGCUACACCUGCACUGAACGCUGUAUUCACAGACCUGGAGAUUCUCGCAGCCCUCUUUGCAGCUGCCAUCCACGAUGUGGACCACCCUGGGGUCUCCAACCAGUUCCUCAUCAACACCAAUUCAGAGCUGGCACUCAUGUACAAUGACGAGUCGGUGCUGGAGAACCACCACCUGGCUGUGGGCUUCAAGCUGUUGCAGGAGGACAACUGUGACAUCUUCCAGAACCUCAGCAAACGCCAGCGGCAGAGCCUGCGCAAGAUGGUCAUUGACAUGGUGCUGGCCACGGACAUGUCCAAGCAUAUGACCCUCCUAGCUGACCUGAAGACCAUGGUAGAAACCAAGAAAGUAACCAGCUCAGGAGUCCUUCUGCUGGACAACUACUCUGACCGCAUCCAGGUCCUGAGGAACAUGGUGCACUGUGCGGACCUCAGCAACCCCACCAAGCCGCUGGAGCUGUACCGCCAGUGGACAGACCGCAUCAUGGCUGAGUUCUUCCAGCAGGGCGACCGUGAACGUGAGCGUGGUAUGGAGAUCAGCCCCAUGUGCGACAAGCACACAGCCUCUGUGGAGAAGUCUCAGAUUCCCCAGCAUGGCAGUGCCGUCUGUACCAGCGAGCCGCCAGUUUAUUAUGCCUUCUUCUCCCUCCCCCAGGUGGGUUUCAUUGACUAUAUUGUGCACCCACUGUGGGAGACUUGGGCUGACUUGGUCCACCCAGAUGCCCAGGAGAUCUUGGACACUUUGGAAGAUAACCGGGACUGGUACUACAGUGCCAUUCGGCAGAGCCCAUCGCCACCACCUGAGGAGGAGCCGGAGGGGCCAGACCACCCACUUCCACCUGAGAAGUUCCAGUUUGAGCUGACGCUGGAAGAGGAAGAGGAGGAGGUGCCUUCUGCCCUGGGUGCGAUUGAGGUGCAGGAAUUAUUCGUGGCCCAGGAUGCAUCCCCAGCUGAGGAACUGUGGGAGGUCGAUGGCCAGGAUCUGCCCACGGAGGUGGUGGUAGACGAAAUGUCCUUGACACAGCAAGCAGACAGUGUGGCAGUGGGCCAGGACGAGUCGACAUCCCCAGAUGUGUCUGUGGGUGCCAUAGGCUGCAGCAGCCCUCCUGCCCUGACUCCUGAAAGCCCCACUCUGCCUGCCUUGAGGACCCCACCCACUCCAGAGGGGGCCCCGGGCCUCCUGGGCCUCCCCUCCAUGGCAGCCGAGGUGGGGGCCCAGAAAGAGCAUCAGGCUGCCAAGAGGGCAUGCUGUGCCUGCACAGGGACAUCGGGCGAGGACACACCCACGCUCCCAGCCCCUGGUGGGUGGGGGUCUGCUGGAAGCCCUACCUGAGCCCCGGACCCUAUACUCUUUUGCCCUCCCUUCCUCCUUUCACCAUUAUCAUCCCCCAACUGCCUCCUUCACUGCCUCAAAGACUCUUGGGCCUCCUAAGAAAAAAGAAAACAGAAAAGUGUUUUUUUUUCUCUUUUCUUUUUUUCCCCUCUCCCCCCACACCCAGCCCCACCCAUGAGGCCGCUUUUUGGAGGUGGGGCCUGGGGAAGGAGGGGCUGAGGUCCUGGAAGGGGUUUUAUUUUUGGAAUUUUCAUUGUUACAUUUUUAGAAAAAAAAGAAAAAAAGAAAAAAAAAACAGGAUGAAACACAGCAACUGUAGAUGCUCCUGUUCCUGGCUUCCCUGGUCCAUCUCCUACCCCACCCCCACCCCUCCCAGGUCCCAGGCUCAGUCUUCCAGCCUCUGUGGGCUCUCCACCUGGGCCCAAGCUGGCGUAAGGUCUCCUUCCAGGCUCUCCUGAAGUUUGGAGGGUUUCUGGAAUCCAGCCAGGAAUAGCCAUUCUGGGCAGUGGCCUGGUGGGGGAGAGUCACUGUGAGAGGCCCCAGCUCUAGCCCCUCUCAGGCUCACUGCCCGCCCGCCUCCAGAAGUCUUCCACCUCAUUUUGCACAAACCUGGCAAUACUGACUUGGAAGGACAUGAGAUACCUAGUGUAUCUUAGGUUGCUGGGAGGAGAGAACAUUGGAGGGACAUUCAUACCACCAGCCUGGGGUCUGGGGUUUGAGGAGGGCUGAGCUCCCUCUGCUUGCCAUCCCUUUCCCCUUCCAUGUCAGGUUUCCUUUGAAUUUUAUCCAUCUGCGGGGACAGCUCUGAGCUGCACCCCCUUCUUCCAGCUGCUUCUCCUCUUGUUUCUGCCUUAAUGAUUCCCACGGCCAUAGGAGAGGGUUGCAGUGGCUCCCACCUGCACCUUGGGUGGGGUGGGGCCAGGCCCAAAGCCCCCAUCCUAGGCGCCCCCCACCCCAGCAUCCUCCUGCUACCCUCCCCAACCCUUUGCCCUAGGAGGAAGCAAUAAUGGUGUACACCUACAUUCCCUUUCUGGGCAUCCCUUCCCACCCUGGCACCAAAGUCAUUUCUCCUUUGUCUCACUUUGCCAAGCCUCCCUCUCUCCCCCUAACAAUCCCCCCUGCCCUGAGCAAUAUGACAGACAGAUGCAAGACCAUUUUUCUUCAAGCCAUGGGGGAAUGUUGGGAAGGAAAGAUCCCCUCUUCCAUCUCCCCUAUACCCCUUGGCCUGGUUCUGCAGUUGGGCAGGGCAGGGCCUGUCUCAUUGCCCCCACUUCUCCAAUUCUGAGCACACGGUACUGUAGUCUCCUUCUUCCCCCCAGCCUGCCAUCUGUCUAUCCCACUGGGGAGUAUACUCUCCCCCACCCUCAUCAUACUGUACAGGGUUCAUUUUUGUAGUGAAAGUAGUUUCUGUCCUAGCUGGCAACCGGGGUGGGCCUUUUUUUGGUUUCCUUUUUUUUUUCCUUCCUUCUUCUUCUU